AUGUCAAGUCCACCGUCGCCCACUUUAAAAAUGGAAUCUCCAGCGACCGGGGCAGGAUACUUCUCUGCACCUUUCGAACGUUUUAUACGAGACGAGACUGAUACAAUGGAGACAUUCUUUGACUCUCGGCUCGACUUACUCCAGCGGCACAUACAAAAGCACAGCGAUAGAUUGAAAUCCAAAGCUGAGGAAGCUUUGAAAAAACGCGUGCAAUCAGGUGAUCUGCUGGCGGAGAACUUCGAUCGCGAGGUCAAAAACUUCAAGCUGAAGGUUUCGGCCCGUAUGCAAAAUCUAGUUGAUUCAUGGCAUUCCGCCAAGGUAGUGAGGACACGUGACAAAGUGUCAUUUUUCUUUAGUGUCAUGUCCCUCCUUGUGUCGGCGUUGCUCUUUGGCUUGGGUCCACAAUGGAUCCAUAUCGCAUAUACAGUGCAAGGCUUAUAUCUUCUUCCUCUUCGUGCCUACCAAUACAAGAAGCGCUCGUGGCAUUAUUUCCUUUUCGACCUCUGCUACUACGUCACCAUCCUCAACUUUAUCUACAUGUGGUUCUUCCCAUCGAAUGCUGCGCUGUUCAUGGCUUGUUACAGUUUAUCACACGGCUCGCUCGCUAGUGCUGUUAUCACUUGGAGAAACAGUCUUGUUUUUCAUGACACGGAUAAAGUCACAUCGUUAUUCGUGCAUAUAUACGCGCCUUAUACAUUCACGGUGAUCCGGCACUUCUAUCCGAAUGCAGAAGACAGGUUCCCCGCGCUGAAGGCACUCCCGUACCUCGAUCCAGUCCGUGCUCUCGUUAUGAGCGGUGCUAUAUAUAUCUCUUGGCAGUUGAUGUAUUGGAAAUUCGUACUGGUAGAUCGUCGAAGCAAGAUUGCAUCUGGCCAGCGAACGACGUCGUUUUCUUUCCUUCUGAAUGACAAACGUAGUGCCAUUGGGCGAGCUUUGUCGACAGUUCCUCCACAGUAUCGUGAAGUUUCGUUCAUGGCGGGACAACUCGUAUACUCUCUCCUUACAGAACUACCUGCGGUGUUCUUGUUGUAUGAUAGCCCUCUGUGGAGUGGAGCAUUCCUCAUGUUUAUAUUCUCUGUGAGCGUCUGGAACGGUGGCGGAUUCUACAUCGAGGUAUUUGGUCGCAAGUUCGAACGCGAAUUAGAGGCGCUCCGAAAGGAGCUCGCGGACAGCAGCAGUAAUAACGGCACUAGUCGCUCUGGUAGAUCAAGCCCCACAUUUACAGAUGGUGAAUCGCUUGCCGGGACGCCGUUAUUAAUAGUCCGGACGUUACCAGCCACCUCCCUUGACGAACUGCUCGUUGAAGCCGAAUCCCCUGACAAGGAUAAGGAUCAAUAG